AUGUCAGAGUCCUCCCAGCCCAAGAUCAUCCCACGGUUAAGCGCCAAUGCCGUGACCGACUCCGAACGAUGGAAAGCCAUCACCAAGCGUGACAUCACAGCCAACUCCUUCGUCUACGCCGUGAUCACCACCAAAAUAUACUGUCGCCCUUCCUGUCCAGCCCGACUUGCCCGGCGAGCGAACGUUGAAUUCUACGAUACCCCCUCCCAAGCCGAGAAGGCUGGGUUCCGCGCCUGCAAGCGCUGCCGGCCGCAUUCAGGACAGACCGCCACCCAAAGCAACCCCCAGGCCGCAGUAGUCGAUCAGGCAUGCAAGACAAUUCGGCACCAUCUGGUUUCAGGGGUGAAACCACGGCUCAGAGAGUUGGCUGCACAGGCAGGGCUGACACCGAGCCAUUUCCAUCGUGUGUUUAAGAAACUGGUGGGCGUUACGCCUGGUCAGUAUGCUAGUAGCCUGGGGCAGAGUGGUUCGUCCUCGGAUGCUUGGACGCCGGAUAGCUUGUCGGAGGCUGAAACGCGCUGUGCACUUGAUAAUGGGGGGCUUGCCCUAAACCUCAUUGGAGAGACGGGGUUGACUGGGAUGGCGGCUAGUCUUCGGACUCCGGUCUUAAUGGGUGAGGCUUGGAAUGCAUUUGAUGCUUUGUUAGAGCAGGAAAAAUGGGUGCCUGAUUUAAUAUCUAUCGAUCCUCGGAUUAUUUUGGCACCUGAGUGA